CGUGUUUGUAAUAUGGAGAAAUUGAAAUAUGAAAUAUGGUUCUUUUCAGAAUAGUGAAAUAAAAAGAUUAUUUAUGUUGACAAAACUAGGUAUAGUUUAUGUCACGUACGAAGGUUGAAUACGAAGUGAGAAAAUGUGAGAUUGAAAAUAUAUAGAGACGCGUAAACUACCCCACUGCUCUAAAGUAUUAGCGUAGAGGGGGACAAAGCCGCAUGAGGGGCCCCACCCGUGGAUAUCACAUCGUUAUGAUCGUCAGUCAUCAAUAUACUCUAUAAAUUCUUCUAUCACCGGUUAUUCUACGCAAUUACAAUUGUCAUAUUAUCAUCUAAGUGUAUAUAUUGGUUAUAUACAAAUUAUGGCCACUUCAAUUAAUAGUACUGGUAAUGGUUAUAACUUCAAAGUGGUGUUACUUGGCGAAGGAUGUGUUGGGAAAACUUCUAUUGCAUUACGAUACGUUGAAAACAAAUUUAAUGAUAGACAUAUCAGCACACUACAGGCUUCUUUUUUAAACAAAAAAUUGACUGUACAUGGAAAAAAAGUAAACCUGGCAAUAUGGGAUACUGCUGGUCAAGAAAAAUUUCAUGCAUUGGGACCAAUUUAUUAUAGAAUGUCAAAUGGUGCCAUUAUAGUUUACGAUGUUACUGAUUACGAUACAUUUCAGAGGGUAAUAAAUUGGGUUACAGAGCUUAGGAAAAUGCUAGGCAGUGGAAUCUGUUUAGCAAUAGCUGGAAAUAAAGUAGAUCUUGAAAAGGAUAGACGUGUUUACACUGAGGAAGCUGAAGAAUUUGCCAAUAAAACUGGAGCUAUGCACUUUCAUAUAUCUGCCAAACUAAAUGAAAAUAUUGAAGAAAUGUUUUUUCAAUUAACAUUGCGCAUGAUAGAACAUGCAGAUCUUAUGGAACAAAAGUCUACAUUAUCAAGAACAAGUAGUAUACGCCGCAAUGUUGUUGUAGUUGAAGAUGAAGCUGAAGAAACCGAACCAACUAAGAGUUCCUGUUGUAGUGGUUCUUCACAUACAUCUUAAUUCAAAAUACCUGAAUUACAAUUGGUUCUACUAUUGAACAAGUCUUAUAUAUAAAUGUGUGUGUGUGUGUGUAUGUAUGUAUGUAUGUAUAUAUAUAUAUAUAUAUAUAUAUAUAUAUAUAUAUAUAUAUAUAUAUAUAUAUACACAUGUACAUAUUGAUGAAUUGCAUAUAUAUAUAUCACAAAAUUUUUAAUAUUUUAUUUUUUAAGGAACAAAAAAUAAUAUAGAUAUAAAUUGCUAAGCCUAAGUAAUUUAACUGUGUAAGGUAAGAAAUACUGAUUAUAUUUUGGGACUUGAUUUUUAUGUAUUUCGAUAUUCAAUUACAUUGAUAGAGCUUCAGUUGACUCAAA